AUGAGGACCAUUGCAUCAGACGUUGCACGAAUCUUCGAUCCACUUGGAUUACUGAAUCCAGUGGUAACACACGCCAAGAUCAUACAACAAGAACUCUGGAGACUCAAAUUAAAUUGGGAUGACUCUACACCGACAGAAAUUCAUACUAAAUGGAAUGAAUUUGCAUCACAACUUCCUCUCCUCAACAAAAUGCAGUUCAAACGACAAGUUACAUCGAAUCUCAAGCAUUUAGAAGUGCACGGUUUCUGUGAUGCCAGCCAGAGUGCGUACGGAGCCUGCAAUUAUCUCAAGUCAAUCGAUGACAACGGAAAAAGCCAGAUCAACCUCUACUGUGCUAAAUCUCGAAUCACUCCUCUCAAAGGCAAUCACACCAUCCCUCGCUUGGAACUCUGUGCAAUGGAACUCCUCUCUAACCUGUAUGACACAGUGAAGAAAGCAACAGACCUCACACCACAACGAGAAGUUUUUUGGUCAGACUCUACUGUCGCUCUCCACUGGAUUAGAACAUCUCCUCACCUCCUUCAACGAUUCGUGGCUAACAGGGUGUCUCGAAUCCAAGAUCUCACCAAGAACAUAGAGUGGAGACAUGUACGCACACACGACAAUCCCGCAGAUGCAGUAUCCAGGGGUGAACUUGCCUCUGACUUCUUGAAGAAUCAUCUGUGGCUGCAUGGACCCAGCUGGCUCCAUGAUCCUGAAGAGCAUUGGCCUCAUCUCCUCAUAGAAAAGCCCUCAGAAUUACCUGAACUUCAAAAAAUUGCUUGUCUUCAUGUCACUGAACCCGCCAGCAAUCUCUUUCUACGUCGGUGGCGCAAGAGACUUUCCCACAAAUAUCUCACUCUCCCAGAACUUGAAGCAGCCGAAACUAAACUUCUCCAACUAGUUCAAGAAGAAGCCUUCUCCACAGAACUCUCACUACUUCGGCAAGGAAAACCUCUUUCUUCAAAAAAUCGUUUAAAAAACCUCAGUUUGAAACUCGAUGACAAUGGACUCAUUCGAGUUGGUGGUCGGCUAAGAAAGGCUCGUAAUUUUCCCUUAGAUGGCAAACAUCCCACAUUGCUACCAAAGGGGCAUUACAUCACUCACCUCCUCAUCAAGAAAGCUCACUUGGCCAAUCUUCACCCAGGCAUCCAGACAACUCUUCAUCUACUCAGGCAGCGAUACUGGCCCAUUGAUGGGCGCAGUCAAGUACGAUUCAUCAUUCACAAGUGCAUCAACUGUGCCAAGGUAGAUCCACCUUCAGUCAACUACCCCAUGGCAGAUCUCCCGAGCGCACGCAUCACACAGGCAAACCCCUUCACUCACACUGGUGUGGACUAUUGUGGUCCCUUCCUCAUCAAAGAACGAAGAUACCGUAAUCUCAAGAAAAUAAAAAUUUGGAUCAGCAUAUUCGUGUGCUUCACAACAAAGGCAGUACACAUCGAACUCAUCAAUAACUUGACCAGUGAAGAAUUUUUGGCUACACUCAGCCGAUUCAUCUCUCGACAUCCCUCCUGCAAGGCUCUCCACUCAGAUAAUGCAACAACAUUCAUCGGUGCAAACAAAGAGUUGAAGGAACUCUAUACACUUCUCAACGACGAAAAGCACGGUGAAUUCAUCAAUCGAAAGCUGAAUGAACAAGGCAUCGAAUGGAAUUUCAUCCCCCCUGUAUCUCCUCAUUGCGGUGGCAUCUGGGAAGCUGCCUUCAAUACUUUCUGCAUCAAAAUUGAGGGAAUCCUCAAUUCAAGACUAUUGACUCCAUUAUCAUCUGAUCCAAACGAUUUCAACGCUCUCACACCUGCUCACUUCCUGCAUGGAGACAUUACCACUGAUCUCCCUGCACCUGACUGGACAGAGGUCCCUAGCAAUCGUCUCUCUUACUGGCAACACUUUGAGAAGAUUAAGCAACAUUUCUGGAAUCGGUGGCAUAAGGAGUACCUCUCCGAACUCAACAUCCGUCAUAAGUGGACUUCAGGACACCAUGACAUUAGCGUUGGAGCAUUGGUGCUCUUGCGCGACGACAAUUUACCCCCUCUAAAAUGGCGCAUGGGCCGUGUCAUUGAAAUCUACCCAUCAGACGAUGGCAUCACCAGGAAGGCUAGGCUGCGGACAUCUACUGGAGAAGUAGAUCGAAACGUUCGACGCUUGGCACCACUGCCCGUGGACUCCAGCAACUCCAAGGAAUAA